UUCUAUGUGAAUCUAUUUACUUUUAUUGUUAAUCAAUUUGUUUCUUCCCCCCCCUCUCUCUCUCUUUAUUUCUCAAAAGAAGAUCAGAAUUGCUCAAAUUUAGGAAAUAUCAAAACUUUUCAUUAAAACAAAACGCAGAGUAGAACUUUAAUUAAGGCAUUACAAUGCAGAAUAACGAACAUGAUGAAGAUAUUGUUAUAUGGACAAAAUCACUACAUCAAUCAAUAAAUAGUCUAAAUAUUCAUCAGUUGGAAGAUAUCUUAGUCAAAUUAAAGACAACAAAGGGGUUGGAAUUUACAAAAAAUGUUAUAAAUCAUUUGAUUGAUGGAGAAAAUUCAGUUUAUGUUGCUGUAGAAGCUGGAUUCGAUCAAGCGGUUAAACAACUCUUGAAUACAGAUAUGGUGAAUAUUAUCCAAAGAAAUCUUCAAAAUAACUGGACAAGUCUUCAUUUGGCUUGUCAUUUGGGACUGGCGACAAUAGUCAGAUCAGUUUUAAAUUGUAACACAUCCAAUAAAUUCAUAAGAACAAAUGAACUAUAUCAGUUAAUAUGUAUGCAAACAACUGAAAUUGAAUCAGCCAGUCAGGGCACAGCUUUACAUUUGGCGGUUUAUUCCAAAAAUAUAGAAACAGUAAACCAACUAUUACAUGAUGUUGAUCUAAUAAGUAAAUGUUAUGAAAGUCAGUGUGUUAAGAAUAGGAAGCAACCGAAAGAAGAAUUGAAUUCUAAGGGGAAUUUAUUUGACGAAUUCUGUGUACUGACAGAUAAAAAUGGAAAUACGGCACUACAUUGUGCAGUAAUGGAUAAACUUUACGAUAUUGUGAAUACAAUUUGUAAAUAUCAUAAUAAAUCAAUUCGUUUACCAAAUAAACAUGGAUACACGUGUAUUUAUUUAGCUAAAAAUAUAUUAAAAGAUAUGAAAAUGUUAUCCUUAUUAAUUCAAUAUUCAAAUUCAUCCAUAACUUCAUAUAAUUCUGGACAAUAUUUAUUUAAACAAAAUAAUUUUAUAAAAAAUACAAAAAUUUCAAAUUUCAAUCAGUUAAAUAUAAAGAAAUCAUAUUCUAAUUUGAUUAGAAAAUCAGAAAAUAAUAAUAAUAAUAAUAAAAAGAGGAAAUUGAAGAAAUUUAAUAAACCAUUGAAUCAUUUAACAAUUGAUCAAUUAAACAAGAAUUUAAAUUUGAAUUAUGGGUUUACUAAUAAUAAGAAAUAUUAUUCUUAUUCAUAUAAUGAUGAAGAUUAUCAUUCUGUUCGUACAUUAUCUACAAAAUUUUCAUAUAUAUCAAUGAAACAGAAUAAUAAAAAUUAUUAUAAUAGACCUUUUAGUGGAUUAUCUGGUAAUCGUGUAGAUUUGAAUGAACGUGAAUUAAAUAGAAAUUCUCGUUUAAAUAUUGAACAAAACUAUAUUGAGGAUAUUUAUGAUGUACAAAAUAAAAAUAAUUCAAUGCAAUAUAACGGUUCAAGUGAACCAUGUAUUGCUGCUUGUAAAAAUAAUACUGCUUUCGCUACUACACUACAAGAUAAUCCGAUAUUACAGCCUGAAAAUAUUGAUCAACUGGCUCAUCAGCAGAAAAAAGAGUCUGAGGACAAAAAUAUUUGUCAACUAAUUACUAAUAACAUUAGUAAUAUUACCAAUAAAAUGGAAAUGGAUGCACUUACUACUGCUACAACAACGACUACUACUACUACUACUACUACUACUACUAAUAAUAAUAAUAAUAAUAAUAAUAAUAAUAAUAAUAAUAAUAAUAAUGAAGAUGAUUCUGACGAUUAUUACAAGAUGAACAGUACAAGAAGAGGUAUUUGUUUAAUCAUUAAUAACAUGAUGUUUUGGCACUCGGAUUUUCAGAAUCGUUCUGGCUGUGACAUUGAUGAGAAGAGUUUGGAAAAUGUUUUCGGAUCAUUUAAAUUUUUGGUGAAAUUACUUCGUAAUCUAUCAGCUGGUGAAAUACAAGCUCAACUGGAACACUUAGGAAAGAAAACAGAUCAUCAUGAAUAUGAUUGUUUAGUAAUAUGCCUUAUGUCACAUGGAACUAUUGGUCGGAUAUAUGGAGUUGAUGGAAAUUCUUUAUCAAUACAUGAAUUAACUUCCAUAUUUACAGCUGAUAAUUGCCCUUCUCUAGCUGGUAAACCAAAAUUAUUCUUUAUUCAAGCAUGUCGUGGUGAAGACUAUCAAAAAGGCUAUGUUAUACAGAAACAAUCAAAUGAAACUACUCAAACUAAAAAUGAUCUAACUGAUCAAGAGGAUGUUGAUGUUGAUAAUUUUAUUCAACAUCAGUCAUCCAGUUUAAAUCUAAGACUAUCCGUUUCUGAUGCGAAAUUUAUCGGUUUCAAAUUAGACAAUUUACUCCAUAAUUCUAUACCACUUCAUCAAUUGAACAAUGUACAGUUAAUUCCCACUUAUGCUGACUUUCUACUAAGUUAUGCUACUGUUGCUGGUUUCCGUGCACAAAGAGAUCCAACCGGUGGUACUGUUUAUAUUCAGGCAUUAUGUAAACGAUUAUAUAAAGGAUUACAAAAUGAAAGUAUUCUUGAUAUAGUUACAGCUGUACAUCGUGAAGUUAGUAAACAGUUAUAUCAAGAGACAUCUAGUCAGUUAAUGAAAACAAACGGUGAAUUAUUUCUUCAAAUUCCUGAAGUUAGACAUACACUAACAAAGAAAGUUUGUUUUAAACGAUAAAACAUGAAAUACAGUUUUCUUCUCAAGAUUCUUCAUUACUAUUCACUUAAAAUCAAUAAUAACAAUGAUAUUAAUUGUAUUAAUAUGGAACUAUUAAUAAAUUGAGAAAACAAAUUAUUACAUCUCGGAUCAUCACUCAUAUCGAAAGACUACAUUUUAUGAUCCAAACGGCUAGAAAGGGGUAGGGACUGAUUCAUGAAUGCUAACAAAUGUUUAGUCACUAAAAAGUAGUCAGUUGGUGAAAAUUCAGACUAUAAUCGCUAAUUUGGGUAAUUAAGCAAUAUUGUUCACGGCAUUAGUCAUUAAAAACAUACAGACAAAUUUCUUACAUAUGUGCACACUAUUAACAGUAAAACAUAUUUGGAUAUUCACGGAAGCAUAGAUUUGAAAUUCGAAACUAUGUUUGGUGAAGAGACAAAUCCAAAGCCAUUAUAGUUGAACGAUUCAAGCCACAGUCAAGUCUUUCUCGGGUUUUGAACAAC